GAAUUAUAAACAAAACAAUAAAAUCUAUGAAUUGAAUGAAUAUUGCGGUCAAUGAGUGAAGUAAUUGAUUGUCAAUUGAUUUGUUGUUUAACUCUAUUAUGACUUAUAUUUGUAAACAAUUUCUAACAAAUUAUAAUCAAAAGUGUUUACCAUUAGUGAGGAGACAGUCAUCGGCGUCGUUGUGGUCAUUGUUAUUAAAUUGUCGUAAUUUGAGUUCACAUGCGAUCACCGAUUCUUCGACAUCAAUGGUUCGGGUGUUGAGUGUGGCCGAGAAGAAUGACGUGGCCAAGAAUGUGGCCAACAUUCUCGGCAGAGGAGCCGUACGGACUCGGGAAGGAUUGAGUAAAUUCAAUAAAGUUUAUGAGAUAACCGUUGGCCACAACACACUCGGCAAUUGCAAUAUGAGUUUGACUUCUGUUUGCGGACAUCUUUUCAAUUAUGAUUUCGGAACUCAACACAAGAAAUGGUGGUCUUGUGAACCAAAAGAUUUGUUUUGGGCACCAAUUGAACAGACGUGCGGAGACAACAACCAGAGGAUUAAACAAACGCUUAUUAGAGAAGCCAAGAGAUGUGAUGUACUCAUCAUAUGGACUGAUUGUGACCGCGAAGGAGAAAACAUUGGUUUCGAAGUAAUAACUGUUUGCCGAUCGGCUAAUCCAAGAUUAAACAUAUUUAGAGCCCAUUUCUCGGAGAUUACAGUUGAGGCCAUCAAUCGUGCCUUUAAUAAUCUGAUUCGACCAAACAAGAAGUUAGCCGAUGCUGUCGACGUUCGCCAGAAACUCGAUCUUCGAUUGGGCGCCGCUUUUACCAGAUUUUUGACUCUUGAAUUGCAGAAACUUAGACCUGAAUUAAGGGAUACAAAACACGUUGUGAGUUACGGCUCGUGUCAGUUCCCGACACUCGGUUUUGUUGUCGACCGACAUAAACAACGAGAAAACUUUGUUCCGCAAAAGUUUUGGUCGUUAGAAGUUAACUACAAGAAGAAUGGUUUUAAUGCAAAGUUUCACUGGAAAAGGGUUCGACUAUUUUGUGAACUGAGUUGUUUGGCCAUAAUGUCGAAAGUGAUGGACAAUUUUGAAGCCAUUGUUACUAACAUUCAAACCAAGCGACGCACUAAAUGGCGACCUCAACCCUUGGAUACCGUAACGUUUGAGAGGUCUGUUUCGUCUAAACUCAAGAUUAAUGCUAAGAAAGCGAUGGCAAUCGCGGAAAAGCUUUACACCAAUGGAUUUAUUAGUUAUCCGAGAACUGAGACAAACAAAUUUCCUCCGGAACUGAAUUUAGUGAAUUACACACAACUCCAGAUUGACAGUCCUAUUUGGGGUCAGUUCGCACAAAGAAUUCUUAAUAAUGGUCCGAAUCCACGCAAUGGUAAUAAGUCGGAUAAUGCUCAUCCACCCAUACAUCCAACCAAAUAUGCACCCAAUUUGACCGGUGAUGACAAACGUGUUUAUGAACUAAUUGUACGCCAUUUUCUUGCCUGUCUUGACAAAGAUGCCGUUGGCUUUGAAACAACAAUUGAUAUUUGUGUUAAUGAAGAGAUAUUUUCAUUAAGUGGUUUAAGAAUUGAAGAGAAAAACUAUUUAGAAAUUUAUAUUUACGACAAAUGGAGUGACAAAGAGAUCCCACAAUUUAGUCAAAACGAACGCUUUAUUCCCGAUUCAAUUGAAGUGACCGACGGACAGACGACAGCACCUGAACUACUAACUGAAUCACAAUUGAUAGCAUUGAUGGAAAAGCAUGGCAUCGGUACCGAUGCCACACAUGCCGAACAUAUCGAGAAAGUUAAGGAACGGAAAUAUAUCACUGAAACACCCGAUAGACGCCUUAAACCUGAAGGAUUAGGAAUCGGAUUAGUUGAUGGAUAUGACGAAAUUGGUUAUCAAAUGUCAAAACCACAUCUGAGAUCGGCUCUUGAGAAGGAUCUACAGGCCAUUUGUGAUGGACUCAAAAAUCCCGAAAUUGUUCUCAACAAUCAAAUCAUUGAAUAUGAAAAAGUAUUUAAGGAAUCACUUAAACAUAAAAACAGAUUAUUUGAUGCCGUUGUCAGAAAAUUAUGACAUUUUUGUUAGUAAUAUAUGAGUUAUUGAUUAUCAAUUUUAACUAAAGUUGUUUUUAUAUUUAUUU